GAAAAGGUCCCGGGAGACCAGGGCCCGAACAGAGACGUGAAGCAACAGCUAAACGGGGGGUCGGGUUACUGAGAGGGGCGCUGCUAAAUUUAACCCACUGAUGUAGCGGCAGGCAGAGGCUUUAAAUGCCCCGGGGCAGUUGGUGAGAGCAGUUGUUGCACACAGACCCUCCUCAGCGCAAGCUCCACGGGACACAUCGCCCAAACGCCAGCGCAGGAGCCCCGUAGCGCCCAGGAACACACACGCCUCUCGCCCGUCCCGUCCCGUCCCAGCCCGGCCCGGCCCGCCACGCGAUGGAGCUUUUCGAGACCAACCCGUACUUCUUCCCCGACCAGCGCUUCUACGAGGGGGGCGAGAACUACUUCCCCUCGCGGCUGCCGGGGGGGUUCGAGCAGGGGGGGUACCAGGACCGGCCGGCUGCCCUGGGGCUGUGCGGGGACGGCCGGAUGCUGUCGGCGGGGGCGGGCCUGGAGGACAAGGCGUCCCCGGCGGACGGGCUGUCCCCGCCGCAGGAGCACUGCCCGGGACAGUGCCUGCCCUGGGCCUGCAAGCUGUGCAAGCGGCGCUCGGUCACCAUGGACCGGCGGAAGGCGGCCACGCUGCGCGAGAAGCGGCGGCUGAAGAAGGUGAACGAGGCCUUCGAGGCGCUGAAGCGGAGCACGCUGCUCAACCCCAACCAGCGGCUGCCCAAGGUGGAGAUCCUGCGCAGCGCCAUCCAGUACAUCCAGCGCCUGCAGGCCCUCGUCAGCACCCUCAACCAGCAGGACCACGCCCAGCCCGGCCUGCACUACAGGGGCCCCGCGGCCCAGCGGGUGUCCUCCAGCAGCGAUCCGGGUUCGGGCAGCACCUGCUGCAGCAGUCCAGAGUGGAGCAGCGCCUCAGAUCACUGUGGCCCCGCCUACAGCACCAUGCCUGAGGACAUGCUGAACGAGGACUCGCUGGAACAGCCCACCCUGCGCUCCCUCACCUCCAUCGUGGACAGCAUCACGGCGGCGGGGGAGGGGGCCCCCCCAGCUUACUCAGGGGACAUUUCCAAAUAAACCCCCCCGCCCCCCCCCACCCCCCAUCCGAAGCGUCCAGAGACCAGAGCGACAGGAUCAGCUCUCACACAACCAAAGGGCUGCGACUGCCCCUUUCCUCCAAUCAAAGCCCGCGGUCCAAAGGGCUGCGACUGCCCCUUUCCUCCAAUCGAAGCCCGCGGUCCAUUUUUAUAACGUUCGUUGUUUUUAUGUGGGAAAAUGAGAGGAGCUCAACAGGAAGCUCACCUCUCCUUAACGCAGAAGAAGAGAGAGCGACUUCCUGUUUUGCAUUUCCCCUUUUCAUUCUUGAUUUUAUUUGCGUGUGUGUUUGUUAUGCUUUAAAAAAAAAGAAAAAAAAAAGGGUAAAAUUCUUGGGGCCAACAUUUUAAACUGCAGUUUGACCAAUUUCUGCUUAAUUUAAACCAGAUAUGAAUGCCAGUGAUGUACAUACUUCCCUAUUUUCUACAGAGUGGUUUUGCUAUUUUAUUCUUUAUUUUGCUAACUUAUUUUGAUUUUUAUAAUAAAGAUUGACGUGUAUUUCUAUAAAGCC